AUGUCCACGUCUACGAUUACCCUCGAAGCAUCCAAUGAACAGCGCAGACGUCUACAUCAUGAGGCAGAUGUAGUCAUAGUUGGUGCUGGCGUUUUUGGUUGUGCUGCGGCGUUUGCGCUGGCAAAACAAGGCCGCAGUGUAAUCCUCCUCGAACGAUCGUUAAAACAACCGGAUCGGAUAGUUGGCGAACUACUACAGCCCGGGGGUGUUUCUGCGUUGGAGAAACUAGGAUAUGAGGUUAUAUACUACGGGAAUCCAGUCUCAAUUCCGUAUCCUGCCAAUGCGGGCGCGGCAGCACAGGGAGGUUUCAAGGAUUCUAAGAACGAGAAGAGCACGCGACCGGAGGGAAGGGCCUUUCACCAUGGUCGAUUUAUCUCCCAAUUGCGCAAAGCAUGCGCCAGCCAGCCAAAUAUUACAAUCGUCGAGACAGAAGCAACCGGCACAAUCACGAGUCAGCAUUCUGCACAAGUGCUUGGAGUACAAACGAAGACUUUGAACCCUGAAACUGGAAAGAAGGAGAAUGAUUACUACUUUGGACACCUCACGCUCAUCGCGGACGGCUAUGCAUCGAAGUUUCGAAAACAGUACAUUGGAAAAACACCUAUUGUCAAGAGCAAGUUUUACGCCCUAGAAUUGAUAGAUUGCCCUAUGCCAGCUCCAAAUCAUGGCACUGUCGUACUCGGCGAUGGUUCACCUGUCCUACUUUACCAAAUCGGCACACACGAAACUCGAGCCCUUGUCGAUAUACCUGAGAAUACACCAUCAGCAGCCGUGGCUGUUGGUGGCGUUCGCGCUCAUAUCAGAAAUGUUGUACUUCCCUCAUUACCCAAGCAAGUCCAGCCUUGCUUUGAAGCCGCCCUCGCGGACGGGAAAAUUCCACCCAGUAUGCCAAACAGCUGGCUGCCGCCUAGUACGCAAGUAGAGAAAGGUGUGGUGGUCUUAGGAGAUGCAAUGAAUAUGCGACAUCCUUUGACUGGAGGCGGAAUGACAGUUGUAUUCAAUGACGUUGUCCUACUGGCAAAUCUUUUGUCUCCCGAACGCAUCCCAGAUCUGAGCAACACAGCAAAGGUCCAAGCAGCAAUGAAGGAGUUCCAUUGGAAGCGCAAAGGUCUCUCCUCCAUCAUUAACAUCCUGGCACAAGCCUUAUACAGCCUGUUCGCCGCAAACGAUAAACAGCUCAAGGCUUUACAGAAGGGAUGUUUCUCCUACUUCCAAAGAGGAGGCAAUUGCAUCGAUGGUCCAUCCGGUCUACUCGCCGGCAUCAUCAGACAACCAAUUGUGCUCUUCUAUCAUUUCUUUGCAGUGGCCCUUCUUUCAGUAUGGAUCGUCAUGAAAGAUACUAUGGGAUCAAUUCUCGGUUUCUGGAAGUUCCCACUCGCAGUAGAAAAGAGUCUUCUCAUCUUCUGGAAGGCCUGUAUUGUGAUUUUCCCAUUCAUUUUCAGCGAGCUGCGGAGCUAG